UCAUCAAUUACUUCAGAAGAUCUCUACACUUUCUUAUCACAGCAGUGAUGGAUCUUCUUGAUUUCUCCACUUUUGGUUAUGCAGUAGUGUUAGGCAUCACGCUACUAUUUUUGUACACCAAACUCAAGAAGUCUAGCUCAGGAAGUGGCGGCAAAGCUGCACCCGUAGCAGCCGGUGCAUGGCCAAUAAUCGGUCACCUCCCGCUGUUAGGCGGACCCAAGACCCCUCAUGAAACGUUGGGAGACUUGGGUGAGAAAUAUGGACCUGCCUACAUGAUCCGGAUUGGUGUUCACCCAGCCCUGGUGGUGAAUUCGAGUGAGGUAGCCAAGGAAAUCUUCACCGUCAAUGAUAUGUAUGUUUCUUCCCGAUCCGAAUUUGCUGCCGCUGAACACUUGGGUUACAACUAUGCCAUGUUUGGGUUUUCUCCUUACGGACAAUACUGGCGUGAAAUGCGCAAAAUAACAAUGUUGGAGGUGCUAUCCAAUCACAGGAUCGAUCAGCUCAAGAAAGUGUUUGUCUCAGAAAUAGAAGGCUCAAUGAAACUAUUAUAUAAAACUUGGGCCAAGAAAAAGGAUGGCUCGGGUAAGGUGUUGGUUGAGAUGAAGAAACACUUUUCGGACUUGACUUUGAACGUUAUUAUGAGGACGGUUGCUGGGAAGAGGUACAGUGUUGUUGCAGAGGAAGACCAGAAAGAGGUGUUGAGAUAUCGUAAGGCUUUACGAGAUUUCUUUCACUUGACAGGGAUGUUUGUGUUGGGCGAUGCAGUCCCUUUCCUCCGAUGGUUGGAUAUUGGUGGUUAUGAGAAGUGGAUGAAGAAAACUGCUAAAGAGUUGGAUGAAAUUUCCGGAGGAUGGCUAGAUGACCAUAGGAAGGGUGGACGUUGGGAUGAAAAUAAAAAGGAGAAGGAUUUCAUGGACGUGAUGAACUCUGUUCUUAAAGGUGCAAGUCUUGCCGGAUAUGAUGCUGACACCAUCAACAAAGCCACUUCCUUGAAUAUGAUUUUAGCAGGCAGUGACACCACAACGGUUACCUUAAUAUGGGGUCUUUCCCUAAUGUUGAACAAACCUCAUAUACUCAAAAAGGCUCAAGAAGAAUUAGACACCUAUAUAGGCAGGGACAGGUUUGUGAAUGAGACAGACAUCGGCAAAUUAGUGUACAUCCAAGCCAUAGUUAAAGAGACAUUAAGAAUGUAUCCACCUGCACCUUUGUCAGCACCUCGUGAGCUCAGUGAAAGUUGUUCUAUUGGAGGCUAUGACAUCCCCAAAGGCACCCGACUGAUCAUAAACCUUCAUAAGAUCCAAAGGGAUCCUAAAAAAUGGCCAGAACCAUCAGAGUUUAAUCCCGAGAGGUUUCUCACAACCCACAAAGAUGUGGAUGUUAGGGGCCAGCAUUUUGAACUGAUGCCUUUUGGCAGUGGUAGGAGGAGUUGUCCUGGAACAUCGUUUGCACUCCAUAUGCUAUACUUGACCAUGUCUAAUUUCUUGCACGCCUUCGAUUUCUCAACGCCAUCCAAUGGUUUGAUUGACUUGACUGGCACAGUUGGCUUGACCAACAUUAAAUCUACCCCGCUUGAAGCAUUAGUCUCACCUCGCCUUGCUCCUGAGCUCUAUAACUAAGAUUGCAAAAAUAGAGUGUGAAGAACAGAAAAGGUUAAGCAUUUUGGUUCUUACGGUGUUGUGUUAUUUAUUGGGGCAAUCUCGCCUCUGUUACAUCCCCUUCUUUUCAAAACUAAUAAUGAUAAAAUUACUCAUACGUGAAUAGAAUAAAGGAUUUUUGUAAUGUCAAGUUAAUUUCCUAGCGGUUUUAUGGGUUACCUAUAUCGUCCUGUAAAAAUGAUAUUUGCUGGGCAAAAUAUAUUCCAUUUCUUUUUA